CUAAAACAAAACUGAUAUGAUCUAGUGAUCUGAGACAGCAUAGGUGUAACAUUUAAAGUACAUCAGGUGUUGGGAGGUGAAUAUAGUCCAACAUGGCAGACAGCACAAGUGGACCAGAAGGGACCCCUGACUCAGGCUCUCAGACCCCUCCCCCAAACCAGCAGACCCCUCCCUCAGGCCAGCAGACCUCAGCAUUGAGCUACAUGUUGGCAAACAAGCUGGAAACAUUGCUGUGGAUGACAAGAGUAUUCACUGUUGUAUCAACCAUCCUUUUCAUUUUACCAUUAUUUGGCGGAAACCCCAACAGUUUUUACCAGCGAGCCCUGAUCAGCAGUGCGGCCACAAGCGCGCUCAGACUACAUCAGCGCCUGCCAAACUUCCAGUUUAGCCGCGAGUUCUUUGGCAGAAUGUUCCUGGAAGACAGCUGUCACUACCUUUUCUUUGCUCUUAUCUUUAUGAACACUUACCCCAUAACCAUGUCUCUUGUUCCAGUGUUCCUGUUUGCAUUGUUACAUGCCACAACCUUCACAAAGACCCUCCUCAAUCUGAUGGGACAGGGCUCCCUGCAGUUUGCCCACAACCUAGUCAACAAGCUCGUCCUACAGCAGACAAACAUCCUGAGAUUCAUCGCAUGUACAGAAGUAUUCCUGAUGCCUGCGAUUAUCUUUAUGAUUUUCAUAGGUAAGGCCAUGCUGCUACUCCCGUUCGUAUACUACAGGUUCCUCACCUUACGCUAUGCCUCAAGGAGGAACCCUUAUUGUCGUUUGGUGUUCACCGAUCUGAGACAAAAUGUGGAAGUCCUGUGUUCUAAGCCCCAGUGCCCAGCAUUCGUACGCAACAUGAGCUACAAGGGUAUCGCCUUGAUAUGUCGGCUGGCCCCUGAUGUGGCGCCGGCCAGUUCUUAACAAAGACUUGACUUCAGAAGUCUGAAUCCACCACCAACUGUAUCCAGACUACAUGUUAAUAAAACGACUAAGGAAAAAUAACAAAAAAAAAACAAAAAAA